AUGCACUGGCAGUCUGGGAAUGUUAUGACUGUGAAAUAUAAUGCUACUUGCAAAUGCUUAACAGUUAUUGAAGUUUGUGCUUCCAUCUUGGCAGCUGAUAAGGAGAAGGUGGGAAGAAAUCCUAUAACGGACCAUGUGGGGGUCGAGAUUGCAGCGCGGGCUGCAAAUGUUUUCCAGAGAAAGGUGCUCGGGGUCGACCGGGACCUAUUGGGACCAAGGACCUAUAGGUGCUCCAGGAUUUACUGGCAAGAAGGUUUGGCAGGGGCAAAAGGUGAGAGAGGGGCAGUGGGCUCUCCAGGAUCAGCUGGACUGAAAGGAGAUAAGGGUCCAAUGGGAGUUCCUGGAUUUCAAGGCAUCAAUGGAAUUCCGGGCCACCCCGGCCAGCCAGGGCCCAGAGGUUUUCCUGGCCUUGAUGGCUGCAAUGGUUCUAUUGGGAGUCCUGGCGUUUCAGGAUUGGAUGGGUUUCCUGGUACACAGGGGCCACCUGGUCGCUUUGGUCCCAAAGGUCCCAAAGGAGAUCCUGUGUAUGCCGAAGGUGGCCCUAAAGGAAGUAAGGGUGAAAAUGGUCUUCCUGGAUUGGAUGGGAUUUCUGGUCCAAAAGGUUUCCCUGGCCCAGCAGGUUCUGUGGGUCCUAUAGGAUUGCCAGGUUUGCAGGGGCCACAGGGUGCAAUGGGGCCACCAGGACCAAAAGGUAACAUGGGAUUAGGUUUCCAAGGAGAGAAAGGUGAAAAGGGAGAUGUCGGGCCAACUGGCCCUGCAGGUCCCCCACCAUCCACUGGGAUUCUAGAGUUCAUGGGAUUUCCAAAAGGGAAACCAGGAGUAAAGGGUGAGCCGGGCCCUAAAGGAUUCCCUGGGAGUAAAGGAUUACCUGGCCCUCUGGGUCAGUUUGGUUUCUCUGGUUUUCCUGGGCUGGAUGGAGUGCAAGGAAUGAAGGGUGAAUUAGGUGAAAUGGGUCCUCCAGGCCCUCUUAUUUCUCUUGAUGGAGAAGACGGACUGGUCUCAGGUGUGCCAGGAGAUCCCGGGACUCCAGGGACUCCAGGCCCUCGAGGAGAUGAAGGAAUUGCCGGUUUACCAGGCCUUCCUGGCACCCCAGGUCUCUCAGCUCUUGUUGGAGGACCACCAGGUCCCAUGGGAUUUCCAGGUAUUCCAGGUACUACUGGUGAACCAGGAGACCAAGGGAGAGCAACAAUUGGAUUACCGGGCACUCCAGGCAUAGAUGGUUUACCGGGUAUGCCAGGACCUCCAGGAUUGCCUGGUCCAUCACGGGAUCCAGGUGAUUGUGCUUGUGAUGGAGGAGCCACAAGAGCUGGACCAAAAGGUGCACCAGGCCCUCUGGGUCCACCAGGAAGUCCUGGUGAACCUGGAUUUAAGGGUUCCAGUGGAGAUCCAGGCACUGUGGGUGCACAAGGGCCGCGAGGGCCUCCAGCUUUACCUGGUCAACCAGGUUCUCCAGGCCUUAAGGGAGAAAAAGGGGAUCCAUCUUUUGCAAGAGGCAGAGGUCUCCGGGGGGAUCUUGGUGCAAGAGGAGCCCGAGGGCCUUCUGGUAUCCCAGGAACUCCUGGCAGAGAUGGAUUCCCAGGUUUACCAGGCCAGCCAGGUCCUCCGGGUGAUGGUGGACUAGGAUUUCCAGGCGAAAAAGGCCUGCCAGGAUUAUCUGGCUCCAAGGGCCGGCGUGGGGAGAGUGGUCUUCCUGGCAUUGGUUUCCCAGGUCCUAGCGGAGUUCGUGGCCCUGCAGGUGACCCAGGAAUGGAUGGCUUUCCAGGACAACCAGGUCUUCCAGGUCCUCCAGGGAUCACCUUGCCCUGUGUAGAUUCUGGAGCAUUUGGUGCACCUGGGCCUCCAGGAAUACCAGGAUUUCCAGGUCCCAAGGGCAGCCCGGGGUUUCCAGGCAGUCCAGGUCAACCUGGAUUAAGUGGGUCAAAAGGACAACCAGGUAUUCCAGGAUCAAUGGGAUUUCCAGGAGCACCAGGUAAGAAAGGAGCUUUCCUGGGCCUCGUGGAGAUCAGGGACCACAAGGACUUCCAGGACUUGAUGGAACAGAUGGUUUCCCUGGAAAGAUGGGAGCUCCUGGCUUGUCAGGGGCAAAAGGAGCUCCUGGUGAAGUGUUUGGUGCUGAAAGAGGAGCCCUGGGUGAGCCUGGCAGACCUGGAUUCCCAGGAAAUAAAGGGCUUACUGGAGAACCUGGAUUUCCUGGACAGACGGGUGUUGACGGAAGGCCUGGCUCACCAGGUUUUAAAGGCCAACCAGGUAAUCCAGGGUUCCCAGGUAUUGGUGGAUUGCGAGGACCUCCUGGUCCUGGAGGUCCAUUUGGCGUUAAAGGAGAACCAGGUCCCAGGGGAGCAGUUGGCUUCUCAGGAUCACCAGGUCUUCACUGCAGAGGAUGUGGGGGAAAUCCCCACACCUGAGCCAUUCUUUUUAGUUGAAAGAUCUGAGGAACUGUAUCAGACUGAGGCGUCAGUGGAGGAGGUUUUGGAACAAAUUGAUCAAUUUAACUGUAGCUGUCAAGGACUUCCUGGAGGCAAAGGACCAACUGGCGAUGCAGGUCCACCGGGCCCUGCUGGUAUGAAAGGCUUCCCAGGCCUAGAAGGUUUUCCAGGACCACUUGGGGACAGAGGAUUCCCAGGAUCACCUGGGCCUUUGGGUAGAGAUGGACGUCCAGGUUUCUCUGGAGCAAAAGGUGAAAAGGGUCCUCCCGGGUUGAUUGGCUUUCCUGGCAUGCCAGGCCUGCCUGGUAUCCCUGGGGUGAGUGGGCUGAAAGGAAUUCCUGGGUCAGCUGGAAGGGAAGGAAAUAUUGGAUAUUCUGGACCCACUGGUCUAAAAGGUGACAGGGGUGAUCGAGGUCCCCCUGGACUCCUGGUUCUUAGGCCUCCAGAAUUGGCAUUGGUAUUGAAGGGAGACAAAGGCGAUCCUGGGUCAGCUGGACUGAGAGGAUUCCCUGGACCUAGAGGUGAUAAAGGAUUCCCUGGAAACCUUGGACAACCUGGUCUUCCUGGUUCACGAGGGUCGCCAGCCACAGAUAGAGGACUACCUGGUGAUGCAGGAUUCCCAGGCCUGCCUGGACCGCCUGGCUUGCCAGGACAGAAAGGACUGGCUGGAAUCAUAGGAUUACCCGGAUUUCCAGGAGAAAGUGGUUCAGAGGGUAUCUCAGGAGCACCAGGGUUUCCAGGGACUGGUGGUUUCCGUGGUCCAAAGGGUGACCCAGGGGAAUCACUUGGAAUUUCUGGUGGGUUAGGAGAUAAAGGAGAACGAGGGGACCGUGGAUUCCCAGGUGAGAGGGGAAAAGAUGGGCCAAAGGGUGAACCAGGAUACCCAGGAAGCACUGGCAUGGAUGGGCCUAAAGGUAUCCCAGGUGACCUGGGCCGAGAAGGACCACCAGGCCUCCCUGGAAUUGCCGGGUUGCGAGGAAAUGCAGGUCUCCCAGGUUCUCCAGGGCAGCCUGGACCUGUAGGAUUCAUCGGACUCUCUGGGAUAGCAGGGCAAAAAGGAUUCCCUGGAUUUCCUGGUUUAAAUGGGCUGAACGGCUUGCCAGGCACAAAAGGGUCACCUGGAACACCAGGUCUGAGUGAAGCUGGACUGAACGGCCCUGCAGGGCUUCCAGGUCCCAAGGGUGAAGAAGGUUCCCCAGGCAUUGGCCUAGGAGCCCCAGGACUCCCUGGGCAGAAAGGAUCAUCAGGAGACAUGGGUCCUCCAGGUACUUUGGGUCUGCCUGGUUUACCAGGGCCUCCUGGCAUCUCUCUUCCUUCAAAUAUACCUGGGAGACGUGGUGAUCCUGGCCGUCCUGGAGUGGAUGGGAAUCCAGGUCCCCCAGGCCCUCCAGGUCCUCGAGGGCUCUCUGGCCCAGCCUCCAAUCAAGGUGAUACUGGCUUUCCAGGUCUCCCUGGAGUUCCUGGUUUGCCAGGCAUAAAGGGUGACAUGGGACUCCCCGGUCCACCUGGAAUUCCAGGAGCUUCAGGACUCAAAGGUGUGAAGGCUGAGCCAGGCUUUAUGGGGAUGCCAGGUAAAGAUGGGCUUCCCGGGGACCCUGGAAUUCCUGGUCUGAAAGGUGAAACUGGUCGUCGAGGUUUCCCAGGCCUACCAGGCGCUCCAGGCCUAGUACCAAAACCAGAAGAAGUCAUAGUUCCUCCAGGGCUACCUGGUCUGCCAGGAAUUGAUGGUGUCCCUGGCUAUGCUGGAGAUCGUGGAUUUCAGGGACCAGAUGGGCAGCAAGGUCCAAAAGGUCUGUCAGGCAGAUCAGGUCAGGUGGGACAUCCUGGUUUACCGGGGUCAGAUGGCAUAGUUGGGGAUCCAGGAACCCCAGGUAUUCCAGGGCCACCAGGAUUGGAAGGUGUCUCUGGAAAGCCAGGCCCAUUUGGUUUGCCUGGAAUGCCGGGUCGGGGUGUAGGCGUUGGAUACACUUUGGUGAAGCACAGCCAGUCGGAGCAGAUCCCGCCAUGCCCAAUUGGAAUGAAUAAGCUCUGGGAGGGUUACAGCUUGCUGUAUGUGGAGGGGCAGGAAAAGGCGCACAACCAGGAUCUCGGUUUUGCUGGCUCCUGCUUGCCUCGCUUCAGCACCAUGCCAUUUAUUUACUGCAACAUCUAUGAGGUGUGCUACUAUGCCAGCCGAAAUGACAAAUCCUACUGGCUCUCCACCACUGCUCCUAUUCCUAUGAUGCCAGUGAGCCGUCUGGAGAUCCCACAGUAUAUCAGUCGUUGCUCGGUGUGUGAAGCACCUUCCCAGGCUAUUGCAGUACACAGCCAGGACAUUACCAUCCCGCAGUGCCCCGAAGGCUGGCGCAGCCUGUGGAUUGGAUACUCUUUCCUAAUGCACACUGCAGCUGGCGCAGAAGGCGGAGGUCAGUCCCUUGUCUCACCCGGCUCUUGCCUUGAGGAUUUCCGUGCUACUCCUUUCAUUGAAUGCAAUGGUGCCAGAGGAACCUGCCAUUACUUUGCAAACAAAUACAGCUUCUGGCUGACGACAGUCGAACGCACGCAGCAGUUUGUCGGUGCUCCUCCCUCAGAAACUCUGAAAGCAGGACAGCUCCGAACACGAGUCAGCCGUUGCCAAGUAUGCAUGAAGAACUUGUAG